AUGGAGGAAGGUGACGAGUCUGAGGAGUUCAGUCCCAACUGCAUGGAUUUCUAUCUGAGCAAAGUCUCUCACAACACCAGGCCCUUUGUGGGGGUUUGUUUGGGAAAGGGAGAGGAUCUCUCCGAGUCCCAGGACGAUGACUGUGCCUGGACCCCCAGCCGCAGCCAGAAGAGGCGCAAGAGACAGAGGAAGAAGGCAGAGCCCACCAAGGAGCGCUGGAACGAGAGAUGGAGGGAGGGAGGGAGAGGGGGAGGAAGAGAGGUGCCACAGAGGGGUAGAGCAAGGGGUGACAUGAGAGAGAGGAGGAGCAGAAGGAUCCUGUCCGAGCCUAGUGAGCCGGCCAGCAGCAGCGAUGAAUGCCCACGCACCUCCAGAGCCCACCACAGGUGGAACCCCAAUCCAUGGGACCCAAGCCCAGGGAGGAGGCACCGAUUUCAGCCUCACAGACUCAGUCCACCCCCCGCCUUUGCCGACCGCAAGGCCCCUCUCUGGGAGUCCCCCAGCCUGGACAGCCUCGGCAGCCUCCUCUCCCAGAGUCCAGAUGGCAGAGGCAGCACAGACACCUCCAGCACACGCACGCCAGGGGACGGAGACUCAGCACACACACACCACAGCACUCAGGUCCAGCUUGGCUCCUGUUCCUCCUGCUGUCCGUCGGAGCAGAGCCCCAGCUCGUCCCACUCCAACACCCCCGACUCCGCUCAGAGCUACAGCCUCUCGGAACGGAGCUCUGACUCAUUCCCCCUGGACCAUGGCUCACCGCUGCGCUGUUUGUGUCCAGGUUUCCCCGGCAACACAGUUUCCGGUUCCUCCACCUGUAGCUUGGAUAGGAGUGUCACGACUGUGUCGUCAUCGUGCUGGAACGGUCACUCAGAUUCUAGAUGCUUCCGUGCCAUGCUGGACGGAAGCCUCAGCCGCGUGUGUGUUCAGAGCACCGUCCCGUACACCUAUGGCAGCACAGAGACUGGGACGACGUCCGACUCGUGUUGCACACUGUCCAGAAGCUUUGAUGCUGUGGACGGCUCGGCCUUGCCUGGUCUGUGUGGGAGACCGAGGACGGACAGGUCGAAGGACUACAGCGUGGACACGUCGUCUUUGUCCCUCCGCAGCAGCACUGACGCCACCUGCACGUCCACCUCUUCUGCCUACACAGUGACGCGCAGCUUCGACUCGCUGUGUGCAGAGGACAUCGACUCUCACACAAACUCUAGCAGCACUCUCAAGCCGAGGAGAAGAUUUGACUCCUCGACCGUGAAGGGCAGUUCUGACUCCCUCUGUACGAACGACGACUCGGACUCCUCUUACGUGUGUAUGAACAGGGGGAAGGGCCCCUGCUUGGGCGUCGAGACUAACUCGGACUCGAGGUGUAGUAGCAGUGAGACGGUCUUUCGCUCGGACUCGUCCUGCAACACCGUGCGGCGGAGCUUCGACUCGCUGUGCGUGAACGAUGAUUCGGAGUCUGUGUACGUCUGCAUGAAUGGACGAGGAGGCUCCAACGCAUCGUACAGCAGCACAGAGACGGCCAGGGACUCCGACUCGUCACUGUACAGCGUGGAGAGAAGCCUGGACUCCCCCUAUCUGAGCGAGAGGGUUGUGGCCCUGUGUACCUGUCCUGUCGAGAUGGAGGCCUCUCAGACGAGCACAGAGAGAAGCGUCCACUCUCUCUAUCUAAGUGACAGCACUACCGCUCUGUGUACCUGUCCUGUUGAGACAGAGGCCUCCCAAAGUAGCAUGGAGGUGUAUCCCAACCUCUACUGCAGCGAGACGGACAAUGGGGUCACCUCGGCGAUGACCUCUGUGGUGACCUCUGACCCCUCCGUGUGUGACUCGUCAUGCGGGGUCGACUCAGACUCUCUCAGCACCUCGGCCGUUGCGGAGUGGGGCUCGGUCUCCCUCGACGACAGCGAGAGGAGUGCUUCGGAAUCCACUCCCGGAAACCAUGGCAACUCAUCGGACUCACUGUACCAGGCGGUGCUGGACUCACCCACCUCGUCGCCCGGUAACAGUGCGGAGAGGGACUCCGCUGACGCUCUCGCGCAGACUUUGGAGGCGGGGAUGCAGCUGGACUCGCCGGCCCACCUGGCCAGCCACCUGGAGUGGGUUCUGAAGGACCUCCGUGGCGUGGUGACCCAGUCGGACCGGCGCCUGGUGUCGCCCUUCUUCAGGGAACUGGUGAGAGAGACAGGCGACGACAGGGACGGAGAGAAGACUAGCGCCAACGAGGGCUUUCUCUUCCAUCCCCAGAAGCUUCUGCAGCCCAGGAACCUGAUGUACCGUGAGGGUCAGCAGUACUCUCUGCUCCAGCACAUUCAGAACGGCUCUUACGGAGACGUCUUCAGUGCUGUGGACCUCAAUACUGGAUUCAAGUGUGCGGCCAAAAAGGUGCCGCUCUGUAGUUUCAGCUGGGAAGAGGUGGGCACGUGGAGUGGCCUGAGCUCUCCUCGCGUCCUCCAGCUGUUUGGAGCUGUGAGGGAAGGACCCAACAUCGUCCUCUUUAUGGACCUCAAGACAGGCUCCCUGGCUCAGCUGCUGAGGUGUCGGGGUCGUCUCCCUGAGGACUUGAGUCUGCACUACCACGUCCAGGUGCUGGAGGCCCUGGAGCACCUGCACAGGCGACGCGUGCUGCACCUGGACGUCAAAGUGGACAAUGUGCUGCUAUCUGAGGAUGGGAGAGACUGCUUCCUGUGCGACUUUGGACUCUCAGAGAUGCUGGACACCAAUGGACAGGCACCUAGAGCAUUCCGGGGAUACGGCCUGCGGGGGACAGAGACCCACAUGGCACCUGAGGUGGCGAAGGGGGAUGCGCGCGGGGCCAAGGCCGACGUCUGGAGCAGCUGCUGCAUGUUGCUCCACAUGCUCAAUGGCUGCCACCCCUGGACCCGCUACUAUGCCCACCCACUCUGCCUCACCAUAGUGAGUGAGGAGCCGCCGCUGAGGGAGGUCCCCGGUUCCUGCCACCCGCUGACGGCGCUGGUGUUCCGGGCCGGCCUGGUCAAGGACCCUGGGAGGAGGGCCUCCGCCACAGAGCUCAAGGAGAGGAGCAGCGACGCCCUCAGGGCAGUGGGUGGAGUAUCCAGCACCAUAACUUACCCACCAACUCACCCACCUGUGGAACCCUCUGCUGAAGCGAAAAUCCCUCCAGCCCCAGAAUGCCCGUCUGCAACCUCCCAGGAAGCCCCUCCUCCUCCGCGAGGCUGUGACAUCACUUCCUGUUGCGGCGACAGCCCCCAGCCCCUGGUGCACUGGCUGAGCACCUGGAGGGAGAGAGCGCAGGAGGAGGAGGGAAGUGACAGCGAGGAUGGAGAGAGACACUCCGAGGAGGAGUGGAGUGAGGCGGAGGGGAGGAAAGAGAAGUGGGAGGAAGAGGAGAGCGAGGAAGAGGAGGGGAGCGAUCUGGAGAGCCUGCGGGGGAAGGCCAGCGACUGGAUGGAGGAGGAAGAGGAGUGGGAGCCCUUCCACCGGCUGCAGAUCCUCUACGGGCCCAAACAACACACACACACUCACUCACACACACUCUCGCACACAGACCAGACUGAGUCAGAGGAGGAAGCACUCAUGAAAGGACCCGGUUUGAACAGUGUGUCUCUGCCACGCCCCCCUCGAUCACAGAACCGUGUCUUAAUCCCACUCAACACAUCAGAACACCAGUUUGAUUCCUCUGAAAAGGAGUCUGAUUGGUCAGAUGACCUUAGCUCAGGGGUGUUCUCAUCCUAUAACAGCCAGACUGACAGAGAGAACUUCAGUGUUGAUUGGCUGGUUUCCACCAAUCAGCCGCCAUCCUGUUGCAUUGAAGGUUUAGGGGUGGACAUCUGGAUCGAGGACUUCAGUGGAGAGCGCUUCAGGAUCCGAGAGAAACCACAGGUGAAGGUGGGACACGUUGCCAUGGGGAUCAGUGACCAGAUCUCUGUGCGGAUGUUUAGCCUGGCCACCCUGGACGGGAAGCUGGUCCGGCCCGAGGAGGAGGUGCAGGAGUCGGGCACCUGGCUCCAGUGUGUCCCCGCCCUGGACGACUGCCCCGCCUGGACCUGGAGGAUCAGGGACGGACAACUGGAGGAGAGGAGAUGAAGAGGAGAGAUCGAUCUCCGAUGAAGGAAAUCGAUCGAUCGAUCAGUCUUUCUGUCUCACUGUCUGUCUGUCUGUCUGUCUGUCUAUCUAUCUAUCUAUCUAUCUAUCUAUCUAUCUAUCUAUCUAUCUAUCAUCAACAUUGAUUAUGCUGGAUUAUUAUUCAAUUCCGCAUAAGCGUAUGUUGGUUUUAGGACAUUGUAUUGCAUUGUAUGUGUAUUACAUAUUUUGAUCACAUUUUGUUCACUACAUUUAGUUCAGCAAAACAUUCAAAGUACAGUAAAUAUCAGCUGCAGGCAUGAAACCAAAGUGGAUUUGAUUUCAGUCUUACUGGGUGCUGUUCACAUUCACGUUGAAAAUGUCAGUUUAGAUUGUUAGAAGACAAGACUCAACUUCCGACCUUAUGUUUGGGCCAGCAAACUGUUGGUAUUUUCUAAAUGCAUAAUGUAAGGCAUAUUUUGUUAUCAUCAUUAUUCUUGAUUACUCUGACAUCUUUGUCAAAUUCUUUGAUUGAUUGACAGGUUGAUCAGACAUGUUUAACAACUGUAAAACCAGCCUGUUCAUGUUCAAGAAGUCAUGGCGUGCAAACCUAGAUAAAGUGACGUGUUCUCCAGAUUUAUUUAUAUUUUUAUUGAGUACAAAUGAAUGCAUUUAAUAAGCGUUGUGAAAUCAAAUUGCUAAAACAUGUUAUGGCAAUUAAUUUAGAAAUGAGUGUCUUUGUAAGACUUAUAAAAUAUGUUAUUAAAAAUUCUUUUAAGUGC